AUGCAGACGAGUCACCAGCUCUCGAAAGCUGGUCUCCCGCAGGAGACAGGCGCUGCUCGUGUCGGGGCGGCCAGUAUAAUGAGGAGACGAGCUCUCGUAAUCAAAUCUGUGGAACUUGUAUCUGAUAAUUACUCCGUAUCAGGGAUAGUGCCGUCAUAUCACGGUCUCAUAUCGUCGCUUGAGGAACGAGGCGGGGGGAGUAAUGACACGUCGCCGUUCCCUACAAAUAUUUGCCCGCGCCGGCGCUGUUUGCUCCCCUUAUCACCCUGCAGUCGUCCCGGCCGCGGCUGCAGCCGGCCUAGCCCGCUCUCAACACCGCCAGCUCCGCUACACGCUCUAUCUGUUAGAUACUAUUAUCAAAUCUCGAAGAUAACCAGCAUAUUAACGCCUAGUUAA